GAGGAUCGUCACUAUAUUUAAAAAGAGAUGCAGCUGUCUAGUUACCGAUUUUUCCAUCUAUUCCAUAAAUUGCGUAACCAUUACAAAUUUAAUGAGAUUUCUUGUGUGUAUUUGAAUCAUCACAAUUAUUGUCAACAAUCUAAAUCCUUCCAACCUCAUUUUAAUCUGAAUUUAUUUAACGAUGAAAAGUUCAUUGAAAAUCUACGUGCAAAUUUAACAGCUCGUAAAAGUAACUUAAAUCUUGAUCAUAUGCUGGAUCUUUACAGAAAUUACACUAAAACAAAACAUAAGGAAACACAUGAUGAACUAAUGUCAUUAGUAUGUGAAUUACCAAAUUUUACUCAUCCACUUACUCCGAUUGGUGAUUCGUUCAAAGCACGUCAUAUAUAUAUUCAUGGAUCUAAACGUGAAGAGAGGUGGAAGCUUUUAGAUGUAAUCAAUAUAACUUCAGGUAUACAUCAACCUGUAAUCAAUCAUCAUAAUAUCAACUCUUCCAUAACUACCAAUCCUGAAGGUCAUCUCCGUGUAAAAGAUACAACUAUAGGCGCUGGACACAAGACUUAUUAUUUUACUGGACCAUUAGCACAAUUAGAGUCUGCACUUGUCGCAUAUACCGUGGAUCGUUUGAAAGCAACUGGUUUUGAAUUUGUAUCUGUACCCGAUAUUCUACCUGAACCUGUCAUCAGAGCUUGUGGUUUUCAAACUCAAGGAAUUCGUUCUCAAAUUUAUAAAAUAACCCCACCUGUGUCUAAAUUAACUUAUUGUCUCUCUGGAACAUCUGAAAUGGCAUUAGCUGGAUUUUGUGCUGGUCGGUCUUUUAACUGUACUUCUAAAAAUGACAAAGCAGAUGAAUCAAACCAAUCCUCCGCUCUUGGAUUAUGUUCUGUGAGUCGGUGUUUUCGUAAAGAAGCUCCCAACCAAGAGCCAACGCUUUAUCGAGUACACCAGUUUACUAAAGUAGAAAUGUUUGCCAUUACUGCCCCCUCAUUACCUGUCAGUGACGCAAUGUUCAAUCAAAUUAUCAAAUUGCAAAUAUGUCUAUUCGCUGAUUUAGGUUUACAUUUUAGAGUUCUUGAAAUGCCAUCGGAAGAGCUUGGCGAUUCAGCUUACAGAAAAGUUGAUAUUGAGGCCUGGAUGCCAGGAGAUCAAAUAUACGGAGAGAUUUCUAGUUCAUCAAUCUGUCUCGAUUAUCAAUCAAAACGUUUAAAUAUUCAAUGGCAAACAUCUAGUAACCAAAAUGAAUUUGCUUAUACAUUAAACGGAACUGCCUGUGCAAUCCCACGUAUAAUGAAAGCCCUAAUAGAGACUCACCAGACUCAAGAUAAGCAUAUUAUCGUCCCACAUGUUUUACUACCUUAUAUGAAAAUGGGAAAUCUUUAUCCAGCAUUUCAACUUAAACGUGUUCCCAGCCAGAAACUAUGAAAACAAUUUUUUAAAUGUGUAAUAAUAUUUUUAUUUACUUAUUUCUGUAUAAAAUUAAUACUUUAUGAAUGUACAUUAUAUAGUUCGUGUGAAUGUUAAAUUUGUUUUCCCAAUAAAAGUACGUCAAAUUGA